UUUCAUAAAUUAUCCAUCAUCUCUCUUCAUCAGUUAUCCAAAUUCCAAACCCAGAAGCUAAAUCAGUUGAUCUUGAUCAGUUAAUACUUAUCUCUCAGCUCAUUUAUUGCAUUUACCGGAAAUCUAGAGAGACAAACGGAUCUGCACCGUUUCGACCUUUUGCGACAGUUUCAGGUUACACAAAUUGAUUUAAUUGGAUCGCCAAACCAAACGGACUCAUCUCUACCACAAACAUGCUGAAUUCAGCUCACACCAAGCUCUAUUUCAUUCUGCUUCUCUGUCUCUCGCUCUCCGCCUCUCUCUGCGCUUCCACUUUCAUUUCAGAUGCUGUAUUUGGAUCUUCGGUUUUGGGUGAGAGGAGGCUCCUUCAAGCUAAGAAAUCAUGCCCUGUGAACUUUGAGUUUCAGAACUACACUAUCAUCACCAGCAAAUGCAAGGGGCCUAAAUACCCACCAAGCUUGUGCUGCUCAGCUUUGAAGGAGUUUGCCUGUCCAUAUGCGGACGAGUUGAAUGACUUGUCCAACGACUGUGCUUCAACCAUGUUCAGCUAUAUCAAUCUCUCCGGGAAGUAUCCACCUGGCCUAUUCGCUAGUGAGUGCCGUGAGGACAAGCUUGGCCUCGUGUGCGACGCAUCAGGGCCGGGAUCUGCACAAGAGAAAUCUGAGGUUAACAGUGGAGUUCAGAUCGAAUACAAGUUGCUGCCUGUGACGGCCCUCCUCCUCGUUCUUUCGCUGCUAUUUGUUUGAUGGUUUGCACGGGCAACUCUGUAUUCUUUUGUUAUAAACUAUUGUGAAAUUCAAAUUACUCCUAGUGUUGAAAGGGAGUUAUAUUUAUACUAAUAUUUUUGUAUUUCACUAA